AUGUUCUGGAGAAAAGAAGCGCCGCGUAAGCCUUUGAUGAGCGCUGCAGAGCGUAAGCAGAAGAUGGAGGAUGAGCGAGUGGCUAAGCUGCUGCGUGAGAAGGCUGAGGCAAUGGCUGAGUUGGAUGAGUAUUCGAAGUCGCGUUUAGUGAAUACUCGUGACUGGAAUACGCCAGCUCCGCCGAUGGCGGAAGAGAGGAAGCGCGAGCUGGUGAGCAAGGUGAUGCAGGAUACGCGUCGGCGUAACUUCCAUUGGAAAACUAAUGGACGUCGUCGUCCGCGUGUCCGGGGUUUGAUGAGUGGCUCCCAGUGGAAUUGCUAUAUCGAAGAUGUGUGGACUCAUCCUGAGAACGCCGUAUUCCAUAUAGUGCGUCUUCCCGAAGACAGAGGGCUGAGGCAGAUAAGUUUUGCCGGUGCCAAAACGAAGAACAGUCGUGUGACCACAUUAGAGCUCGGCGAUGUGCCUGAGCAAGUGCUCACUCCAGACGACCAAUUUGAGGUAUACGUUGAGGAGAAUUGUGUUCCGUACGUGUGUGAUAUGCCAAAUCAUUUCGUCGUUAAGAAACCACAAGGCGGACUCAAAUUCGAUCCCAACCCACCCACAUAUCAAGAAGAAAUGGAAGCUGCCAAAAAUGUACCUGAUACUAUCUGGACACUUGAGGCAAAAAGACUCCACCCAUUGUGGGUCAAGAAACAAGAGGAACUCGAACGACUCGAUGAACGAGAACUCGAGCGUAUUCAAGGAAAGAAGUAA